AUGGCUGUGCUUCGCCGCGACCAGCUCCUUGCAGCCCGUGCCGGGGUGGUGGGCGGUGUCCUCGAGGCAGGGCAGCUGCCGAAAGCUCGCCUCAUGACAUCGACUCUGCAGCGCCCGCAGACGGCCCUGCAUGCGAAGACUGCUGGACCUGAGGAGGACCCACCGUCCGUCCCGGAAGAGGUGCCGCAUCGUGCUGGUCAGGUUCUCCGCAAGGCGCUUGCGGCGGCGGAGCACAAUGACGUAGAAGAGGUGCACACUCCAAGAGCCUGCAAAAAGAAGCCGCUCGAGGCCACGGCGACGGAAUACAAUACCCCGGAGAAGUGCGCGAGACCACCGAAGAUGGCGGAGACUUUGCAUCCCUGUGGCAAGGUGCUGUUGAAGCCCUUGAAUGCCCACGCAAGCGAGUUCGUCCCGAGCCAGCCCACGCCAGCCGCGGAGGAGUCCUUCUUUGCCUCCGUGAGCGCCUUGCUGGCACCGCUCCAAGACUCGAAGCUUUACAUGCCGCCCGUCUUGCCUGCUGUCCCGAUGUUGGAUGUCAACGCCGUUGUUUCCUGGGCCAGCUCGUUGGAUGACAUCUACAAGGAUGCUUCCCUCAUGGCAAAGUUUGUGCAAGAGCAACGCCCAGAGGUACCUUCCUCUGCAGCGUUGGAUGUGGACUCCUCCACUGCACGCAAUUUGACCAUCACCGCAUGUUUAUUGAAUCACUUUUUCCAGCACCACGUCCUUCAAACCUCACCGAGCAUCAUGCAGAUCAUCGAAGCCCAACUGGAGGGACACUGCGCGACGUCUGGCCCAUGGAGCAAGACGAUGCUGCAGCAAGUCGCCUUCCGACCGGAAGACCUGGCAACGCUCGACCAUCGCCUGGGUAUACUGUUGAAGAAGCUGCCCUCGCAGUUCUUUCCAUGCUUGGCCAGUGCCACAUCCAGCCUCAACCUGAGGUGGCAGCAGACCCCUGAAGGAGGGCACUGGCUCUUCCGAGAUGCUCCCGAGCUGCGCC